AUGGCCAACAUUGAUCGAUGGCGUCCUCCGCGGGAAGGGUACCAACCUCCCACAGUGGUCGCCGUGCCGCGACCAACAUCUUCCUCGAGAUCACCCGUUCGACAGCAGCGGGAUGUUCCUCCAGCCGUGCCUAGCCCCCCGACGAGCUCAUCAAGAACAUCCCCGCCACGAUCUCAAUCUCGUCGAGACGCACAACCUUCGCAGCCUUCACCACACUCUCGACCCCAGACUCCAUUACCGCUUGGACAGCGGCAGUGGUACUUCGACGCCGACGAGAUAGCCAGCACGCCGACAAUUAUAGAUGGAAUUUCCCCAGCCGAAGAAAGAUUACGCCGUGCCAAGGGCGUCAACUUCAUCUAUCAGGCUGGUGUGAUGCUGGAUCUCCCUCAGAUCACCAUGUGGGUUGCGGGCGUCUUCUUCCAUCGGUUCUAUAUGCGAUACAGCAUGGUUGAGGAGAAGGGCGGUAUCCAUCAUUAUAAUAUUGCUGCGGCCGCGCUCUUCCUCGCUAAUAAGACGGAAGAGAACUGCCGCAAGACAAAGAACAUUAUUAUCACGGUCGCCAAAGUUGCGCAGAAGAAUACAAAACUCAUUAUCGACGAGCAGAGCAAGGAGUAUUGGCGAUGGAGGGACAACAUCCUGGCCUAUGAGGAGCUCAUGCUGGAACUCCUGACAUUCGAUCUGAUGGUCGACAACCCGUACCAACGGAUGUUUGAGAUGUUACGUCACCUCAACGUUGUACAGAACAAGAACCUGCGACACUCCGCCUGGGCCUUUUGCAAUGACGCCUGCCUCACAUCCAUACCCCUCAUACUCGACGCCCGGGACAUCGCCAUCACGGCCAUCUUCUUCGCCAGCGUCCACACCGCGCAACAGAUCUCCGACGUGGGCGAUCAGGCGUGGUGGAAGGCCAUCGAUGCCGACGAGUCCAAGUGCACCCUCGGCAUCACCAUGAUGCGCCAGUUUUACGCCGAGAACCCUCUCCAGAAGCGCAAUCGGUCGCUGCCGUCGCCGGCGUUCGACAUCGAGAGCACACGGCGGCCCAAAGAUCCGCCGCCGGGUGACAACCUAUCCUCGACCGCUGGAACGCCUCGCGACGCAGACAGAUCCGUUGGCGGCCGCGAUGAUGCAGUCCAGGCGGAAUCUGGGUCCCAGCCGGCUGCGAAGGACGCCGCCAGGACUAAUGGGAACGGUGUUGUCUCGCCUGCGUCCAAGAGGAAAGACGUAGACUCAGAUAUAGAUGGCCGGGAUAGCAAACGAGCAAGACUGUCAGAUGAGGACGAGGGCGAGGUGCUCGAAUCCUGA